AUAUAUCUCAACACAAGUUCCUUCUGAGUUGGAAUUUCUUCUUCUUCUUCUUCUUCUCUCUCUUUUUUAUCUCCCUUUCUUCCUCCGAUCUCCGUCCAUCUUGAUCGUGGUCGUGGAACCUUCAAAUUGUUCACUCUGCCGGUUGAAAAUUCCUUCUUUGUUACUGGGAAGUGAUCGGUCAUCUUAGGCGUUUUUCAAUUUCUGCAAUGCUUUCAGUACCAUAAUGAAGAUGAAGAGAAGGAGGGCGCUAGAAGUGCCUCCAAAAAUUAGAUCGUUCAUCAAUAAUGUCACAUCUGUUCCACUUGAGGAUAUUGAAGAACCUCUAAAAGGUUUCAUUUGGGAAUUUGAUAAGGGAGAUUUCCAUCAUUGGGUUGACCUCUUUAAUCAUUUCGAUUCAUUUUUUGAGAAGCAUAUAAAGACAAGGAAGGAUUUGCAGGUUGAGGAUAAUUUUUUGGGCUCCGAUCCUCCAUUUCCAAGAGAAGCUGUUCUUCAGAUUUUGCGUGUCAUAAGAAUAAUUUUAGAGAAUUGCACUAAUAAACACUUCUAUAGCUCAUACGAGCAGCAUUUGUCAUGUCUUCUAGCUUCAACUGAUGCCGAUAUAAUAGAGGCCUGCCUGCAGACCUUGGCUGCUUUUUUGAAGAAAUCUAUUGGGAAGUACUCCAUUAGGGAUGCUUCUUUGAACUCAAAGUUAUUUGCUCUUGCACAAGGAUGGGGAGGAAAGGAAGAAGGCCUUGGACUGAUUGCAUGUGCUUUACAGAAUGGUUGCAGCCAGGUUACUCAUGAGUUGGGUUGCACUCUUCACUUUGAGUUCUAUGCUUUAAAUGAAUCUGGAAGUGACAUCACAGAACAGUUGGCCAAAGGUCUGCAAAUCAUUCAUUUACCUAAUGUCAGCUCCUGCCUAGAAAAUGAUUUAGAACUUCUAAGUAAGUUAAUUGGAGAGUUCAAUGUGCCAACUAGUUUGCGAUUUUCUCUUCUGACAAGGAUGCGAUUUGCAAGAGCAUUUCAUUCUCUUUCUGCUCGGCAGCAGUAUACCUGCAUUCGCUUGUAUGCCUUCAUUGUUCUUGUUCAAGCAAGUGGCGAUGCUGAUGAUCUAGUUAGUUUUUUUAACUCUGAGCCUGAGUUUGUAAAUGAGUUAGUGGGCUUAUUAAGCUAUGAGGAUGAGGUUCCUGUAAAAAUACGAAUCCUUUGUCUAUUAUCAUUGGUUGCACUUUGUCAAGACCGGUCGCGCCAACCAACUGUGUUGUCUGCAGUGACUUCUGGUGGGCACCGUGGCAUCUUGUCCAGCCUCAUGCAGAAGGCUGUUGAUUCUGUGAUUACUGAUACUACAAAGUGGUCGAUGCUGUUUGCUGAAGCCUUGUUAUCACUUGUUACUGUUUUGGUCUCAUCAUCAUCAGGUUGCUCAGCCAUGCGUGAAGCUGGAUUUAUUCCUACUCUUCUACCGCUCCUUAAAGAUACUAAUCCACAACAUUUGCAUUUAGUCAGCACUGCUGUGCAUAUUUUAGAAGUAUUUAUGGACUAUAGCAAUCCAGCCGCUGCAUUAUUUAGAGACUUGGGGGGUUUGGAUGAUACUAUUUCUCGCCUGAAGGUUGAGGUAUCACAUGUUGAGAAUGGUUCAAAGCAACAGGGGGAUGAUCUUGAAUAUGGUGGAAGGAAUUGGCAAGUUGGCAUUGCUGCUUCUUCAGACUUGGAUGACUUGCAGCCUUUCUACUCUGAAGCUUUGCUAUCAUACCAUCGGCGAUUGCUGAUGAAAGCUUUACUUCGUGCUAUAUCGCUUGGAACUUAUGCCCCUGGAAAUACUGCCCGCUUCUAUGGUUCUGAAGAGAACUUGUUGCCUCAUUGUUUGUGCAUAGUAUUUAGAAGGGCCAAAGAUUUUGGUGGAGGGGUUUUUUCACUUGCAGCUACUGUUAUGAGUGAUUUAAUCCACAAAGACCCAACUUGUUUUUCUAUCUUAGAUGCUGCUGGUCUUCCCGCUGCCUUUCUUGAUGCUGUAAUGGAUGGUGUUGUCUGCUCUGCAGAAGCGAUAACAUGCAUUCCUCAGUGUCUGGAUGCUUUAUGUCUAAGCAACAAUGGCCUUCAGGCCGUCAAAGACCGCAAUGCUUUGAGGUGCUUUGUGAAAAUAUUUACUUCGAGAACUUAUUUGCGUGCCCUUACUAGUGAUGCUUCAGGAUCAUUAUCUAGUGGGCUUGAUGAACUAAUGCGUCAUGCAUCUUCUCUCCGUGGGCCUGGAGUGGAUAUGUUGAUAGAAAUCUUGAGUUCCAUAGUAAAAAUUGGAUCCCCGGUUGAUGCUUCUUGUACAUCAACUGACCCAUCUAGCUCUUCUACUGCAGUUCCCAUGGAGACCGAUGUUGAAGAAAGAAAAUCUGUCCUUUCAGAUGAUAAGGGAACUGCCAAGAUGGGAAGCCUGGAGAAUAGUGGUGCUGAGGUAUCUCUCGAUCAAUCUGUGACAAAUCCAGAGUCGUUUCUCCCAGAUUGCGUGAGCAAUGCUUCCCGUCUUCUCGAAACAGUUCUCCAAAAUGCUGAUACAUGUCGCAUAUUUGUUGAGAAGAAGGGCAUUGAAGCUGUGUUGCAGUUAUUUACUUUGCCUUUGAUGCCCCCAUCCGUGUCAGUUGGUCAGAGCAUCUCUGUAGCCUUCAAAAACUUCUCACCACAGCAUUCUACUUCUCUUGCUCGUGCAGUAUGUACAUUUUUGAGAGAGCACCUGAAAUCAACAAAUGAGUUUUUGGUAUCUGUUGAGGGAUCUCAGCUUGCUCUUGUUGAAUCUUCGAAGCAAACUAGGGGCUUGAAACAUCUUUCCUGUCUUGAAAGUAUACUGUGUCUGUGCAACUUUUUGUUGAAGGGGACAACAACUUUGGUUUCUGAACUCGGAACUGCAGAUGCUGAUAUAUUGAAAGAUAUUGGAUGCACUUACAGGGAAAUAAUUUGGCAAAUUUCUUUGGAUAAUCAUUCAAAGACAGAUGAUAAAAAAAGUGCUGAUCAAGAUCCAGAAAGUUCAGAUGCAACUCCUUCAAAUACUGGUGGAAGAGAGAGUGAUGAUGAUGCAAACAUGCCAGUGGUGAGAUACAUGAAUCCAGUUUCUCUUAGAAAUGGUUCUCAGUCUUUGUGGGGUGGGGAGCGUGAGUUUCUCUCUGUUGUUCGCUCUAGUGAAAGUCUCCAUCGCCGUAGUCGACAUGGGUUGACCCGUUUACGAGGUGGAAGAAGUGGACGACACCUAGAGCCUUUUAAUAUUGAUUCUGAAGCAUCUGGUAUUUUAGAUACAUCCUCUACUCCAGAGUUGAAAAAAAAAAGUCCUGAGGUUCUUGUCUCUGAAACUUUGAACAAGCUUGCUUCAACAAUGCGCACUUUCUUCACAGCUCUUGUCAAGGGUUUUACAUCAUCCAAUCGUCGUAGGGUUGACUCUGGGUCAUUGAGUUCUGCUUCAAAAUCUCUUGGAACUGCUCUAUCCAAAAUAUUUCUUGAUGCUCUUAGUUUCUCUGGGCAUUCUAGUUCACCAGGGCUUGAUAUUUCCUUGCCAGUGAAAUGUCGAUAUCUUGGAAAGGUUGUGGAUGAUAUGGCAGCGCUUACAUUUGAUGGCAGAAAGCGAACUUGUUAUUCAGCUAUGGUUAAUAACUUCUAUGUACAUGGUACAUUCAAGGAGCUAAUUACAACAUUUGAGGCUACAAGUCAAUUGUUAUGGUCACUACCAUAUUCUGUUCAAAAUUCAGCAGUUGAUCACGAGAGGACAAAUGAAGAAAGCAACUUGUCUCAUAGUCCAUGGCUAUUUGAUACGAUACAGAGUUACUGUCGUGUACUUGAGUAUUUUGUUAGUUCUACGCUGCUUUUAUCUCCAAAUUCUGCCUCCCAAGUACAACAGCUCAUUCAACCAGUGGCUGUUGGUCUGUCCAUUGGAUUAUUUCCUGUGCCAAGGGACCCUGAAGCUUUUGUUCGAAUGCUGCAGGCCCAAGUUCUUGAUGUGUUACUUCCUGUCUGGAAUCAUCCCAAUUUUCCUAACUGUAAUCCACCGUUCAUUGCUUCCAUUGUUUCUCUUGUUACACACAUAUAUUCUGGUGUUGGAGAUGUUAAACGAAACCGCAAUGGAAUUGCUGGGACCACUAACCCACGGUUCAUUCCCCCACCACCUGAUGAAGCUACUAUUGCUACUAUUGUUGAGAUGGGUUUUACAAGGGCAAGAGCAGAGGAGGCAUUGAGAAGGGUGGGAAUAAAUAGCGUUGAGAUGGCAAUGGAGUGGCUAUUUAGUCAUGCUGAGGAUCCUGUGCAGGAGGAUGAUGAACUUGCUCGUGCACUUGCACUAUCACUGGGGAAUUCAUCAGAAUCCUCUAAAGUGGAUAAUGGUGACAAGUCUAUGGAUGUAUUGACAGAUGAGGGGCAUGCAAAGGCACCACCUGUUGAUGAUAUUCUGGCUGCAUCAGUGAGAUUAUUCCAGAGUAGUGACACAAUGGCAUUCACAUUAACGGAUUUGCUUGUGACUCUUUGCAACCGGAACAAGGGUGAGGACCGCCCCAGAGUGAUGUCUUAUCUUAUUCAGCAGUUAAAGCUUUGCCCCUUGGAUUUUACAAAAGAUAGUGGAGCUUUAAGUAUGUUGUCACAUAUUAUAGCAUUGCUUCUUUUUGAGGAUGGGAAUGUUCGUAAAAUUGCUGCACAAGAGGGUAUUGUGUCUGCUGUUAUAGAUAUCCUGACAAACUUCAAGUCUAGAAAUGCUGCUGCGCCUGAGGUUUUAUUACCAAAAUGUGUAAGUGCUUUGUUGCUGAUCUUGGACAGCAUGUUACAGAGCAGACCCAAAAUCAUUUCUGAAAAUACUGAUGGUUCUCCAGUGGGGUUUUCACCUGACUUGACCGGUGGUGGGCAAGCACCCAUGUCAGCACCUAUGUCCAUUGGAGAUGAUAAAACUGAUAAAAAUGAUAAAGCUGCUUUAAAUGCUGCUGACAAAAGAGAAUUUGGGUCAGCAUUUGAGCAUGUACUGGGAAAGCCUACAGGUUAUUUAACUGCCGAGGAAUGUAAUGAGGUGAUGUUACUUGCUUGUGACUUGAUAAAACAGCGUGUUCCCGGAGUGAUCAUGCAGGCUGUCCUACAGUUAUGUGCACGGUUGACAAAAAUUCAUGCUCUUGCUUUGCAUUUCCUUGAAAAUGGAGGUCUGGUUGAACUCUUUAAUCUUCCAAGAAGUUGUUUCUUUCCUGGUUAUGACACUCUGGCUUCUGCUAUUGUUCGACAUCUUCUUGAAGACCCUCAGACUCUUCAAACAGCAAUGGAAUUGGAAAUACGGCAAACUUUGGGCGGAAGCCGACAUGCUGGACGCACAUCUGCCCGCAAUUUCUUGACUUCAAUGGCAGCUGUUAUUUCUAGAGAUCCCAUGGUUUUCAUGAAAGCCUCAGCUGCAGUUUGUCAGUUGGAGACAUCAGGUGGCCGUACAUUCGUUGUGUUAUCAAAGGAAAAGGAGAAAGAUAAGGAGAAAGAAAAGGAGAAGGAAAGAUCAAAAGUAUCUGGAAUGGAAGUUGGGUUGUCUUCAAAUGAAAGUGUAAAGCUAUCUGAAAAUAAGAUUUAUGAUGGAUCAGGGAAAUGCUCGAAAAGUCACAAGAAGAUUCCUGCAAAUCUCACUCAGGUGAUCGACCAACUUAUUGAAAUUGUUCUCAAGUACCCGUUGGCACAAAACCAGGUGGAUUCUGCUAGUAAUUUAUGUUCUAUGGAGGUUGAUGAACCUAAUACCAAGGUAAAGGGAAAAUCAAAAGUGGUGGAUAAAAAAAAUUUAGAGGAUGAAUCUGAAAAAUCUACUGGACUGGCUAAAGUGACUUUUGUUCUCAAAUUAUUGAGUGACAUCCUUCUGAUGUAUGUACAUGCUGUAGGAGUCAUUCUUAGACGUGACUCUGAAAUGUGUCAACUUCGAGGUUGUAAUAAUUUGGAUAGUGCUGGGCAAGGUGGGAUUGUUUACCAUAUUUUGCAAUGGUUACUUCCUCUUUCAAUUGAUAAAUCUGCAGGACCUGAUGAAUGGAGAGACAAGUUAUCUGAAAAAGCUUCUUAUUUUCUGGUGGUUCUUUGUGGUCGUUCUAGUGAAGGACGUAGGCGAGUAAUUAAUGAGCUUGUGAAAGCUUUGUCUCUGUUUUCCAACUCUGAAAGCAACUCGAAUAAGAGCCCUGUCUUGCCGGAUAAAAAGAUUUUUGCUUUUUCUAAUUUGGCAUAUUCUAUAUUGUCCAAAAAUUCGUCUUCCAGUAACUUGCCAGGUUCAGGCUGCUCACCUGACAUUGCUAAAAGCAUGAUAGACGGAGGAAUGGUUCAAUGUUUGACUAAUAUUUUACAAGUGAUUGAUCUGGACCAUCCUGAUGCUCCUAAAAUUGUUAACCUUAUAUUGAAGGCUCUGGAAAGCCUGACAAGGGCUGCCAAUGCUAGUGAGCAAAUACUGAAGUCUGAUGGAAUGGCAAAAAGAAAAUCUUCAGGGUUAAGUGAAAGGCUUGAUGAUCAGGUAAAUACAGUCUCAACUGAUGAGACUGUUAGGCAAAAUCAGAAUGCUGGGAGUCAACAGUUAGUCAGAGAGGGAGCGGAAAAUAAUCAGCAAGAAUUUGCUACUACUCAAAAUGAUGGCAAUAUUCACACUCAAUCAAAUCGGUCCCUUGAGCAGGAAAUGAGAUUAGAAGUGGAAGGGACAAUGGCUGCAAACCAACAUAUGGAGCUUGGAAUAGAGUUUAUGCGUGAGGAGAUGGAAGAAGCUGGGGUCUUGCACAAUUCUGACCAAAUUGAGAUAAGCUUUCAUGUAGAGAACAGGGCAGACGAGGAGAUGGGUGAUGAAGAUGAUGAUGUGGGGGAUGAUGCAGAAGACGAUGACGACGAUGACGAUGAUGGGGAGGACGAGGAUGAGGAUAUAGCUGAAGAUGGUGGCGGAAUGAUGUCCCUUCCAGAUACUAACGUGGAAGAUCAUGAUGAUAUGGCAGAUGACUACAAUGAUGAGAUGGUAGAUGAAGAGGAUGAUGAUUUUCAUGAGAAUAGAGUCAUUGAGGUCAGGUGGAGAGAGGCUCUUGAUGGAUUGGAUCAUCUACAGGUACUUGGGCAGCCUGGAGGUGCUAGUGGACUUGUUGAUGUUGCUGCUGAACCUUUUGAAGGUGUAAAUGUUGAUGACCUGUUUGGUCUUCGAAGGCCUUUAGGCUUUGAGCGCCGCCGUCAGACUGGUAGGUCCUCCUUCGAGCGAUCUGUCGUUGAAGUAAAUGGUUUUCAACAUCCCCUUCUUCUAAGGCCAUCCCAAUCAGGAGAUAUGGUCUCGAUGUGGUCAUCUACUGGGAAUGCAUCUCGUGACUUGGAUUCUUUGUCAGCUGGGAGCUAUGAUGCAUCCAACUUUUAUGUGUUCGAUGCUCCUGUUUUUCCAUAUGACCAUAUGGCUAAUAAUUUAUUUGGUGACCGAUUUGGUGGUGCAGCUCCACCUCCUUUGGCUGACUAUCCUAUUGGUUUAGACUCGUUGCCGUUAGUGGGAAGAAGAGGGCCGGGUGAUGGCCGUUGGACUGAUGAUGGUCAACCUCAAGGAGGUACUCAGGCUACUGCAGUUGCUCAGGCUGUUGAGGAACUGUUUGUUUCUCAUAUGCAUGGCAUUGUGCCUGCUGAAAGACAACAUCAAAAUUCAGGAAUGCAUGAUAGACAACUUGAUACCCUUGCAUCCAAUAAUAAUAAUCUAGUAGUAGCAGAAUCUGGUAAUGCUAGUAAUCAACAAAACGAAGACCAGAAUCCAGAUAACCCUGUUGAAGCCUUACAUCAUGAAACUAAUAUAACUGUUGAGAGUGCUAUUUCCCAUCAAGUCAAUUCAGAAUCUAUAAUUGAAGAAGCCGGGGAAAAUGUGCAGGAACAUGAACCUAUGUCUAUUCAACCUCAGGCACUGGAUAUUACAUUGAAUGAGCAUGAUAGGAUGGAUAUGGGAGAACAAAAUGGUGCUUCUGGUGAGCAGAUUGAGACAUUACCUCAGUUCAACAACCUGGAUUGUGAUGGAACUUCUGACGUGCCUGCAGAUCUUCAUGCAAUGCCAUCUCAGGCGAUAGACUGUCCUGGAUCUUCUGAAAUGGAUGCUGAGGCUGGGAAUCAAGUAAUAUCAGACUUUGGAUUAGAGGCGUCCAAUCUUGGUGAUUGCCAGGUCACUUCUGCUGGUGCAAGUGUUGAUGUUGACAUGAAUGAUAAUGAUGCUGAAGAAAUUCUUACUGAGCAACCUAUUCUGACAACCGAGGAUGGUAGAGGUGGGUCAACUUCAGAGCAAAAUGUGCUGGCUGCUCCGGAUGUUAACCAGGCAGAUCAAAGUAGCAUGAGUAAUGAAGCCUCUGGUGCUAAUGCUAUUGAUCCUACAUUUUUGGAGGCACUACCUGAGGACUUGCGUGCAGAAGUUCUUGCUUCACAGCAAGCUCAGCCCCUUCAACCUCCUACAUAUGCCCCACCCUCAGCGGAUGAUAUUGAUCCUGAAUUCUUAGCUGCACUUCCUCCUGAUAUCCAAGCAGAAGUCUUGGCCCAGCAGAGAGCACAGAGGGUUGCUCAGCAAGCAGAGGGACAACCAGUUGACAUGGACAAUGCUUCAAUCAUUGCUACAUUCCCUGCUGAUUUGCGGGAAGAAGUUCUGUUAACUUCCUCAGAGGCAGUUUUGUCGGCACUCCCUUCUUCAUUGCUAGCUGAAGCCCAAAUGCUCAGAGAUCGAGCAAUGAGUCACUAUCAGGCCCGCAGUCUCUUUGGUAGCAGCCAUAGACUGGGCAAUCGGAGGAAUGGCCUGGGUUUUGAUAGGCAGACAGUGAUGGACAGGGGUGUUGGAGUUACAAUUGGUCGUAGAGCAGCUUCUGCCAUUGCAGAUAGCCUGAAGAUGAAAGAAAUUGAAGGCGAACCACUUCUGGAUGGAAAAUCAUUAAAAGCUUUAAUACGACUGCUAAGAUUAGCUCAGCCGCUUGGAAAAGGACUAUUGCAGAGGCUUUUGUUUAACCUUUGUGCACAUAGUGUUAUAAGGGCAAUUCUGGUUUAUCUAUUACUGGAUAUGAUCAAAUCUGAGGCUGAAGGUUUUGUGGGUGGAGUUGCAACGAUCAAUUCUCAAAGGCUCUAUGGUUGUCAGUCAAAUGUUGUUUAUGGUCGAUCACAGUUGUUGGAUGGUCUUCCUCCCUUGGUGUUGCGUCGUGUUCUUGAGAUUUUAACUUAUUUGGCUACAAAUCAUUCUGCUGUUGCCAAUAUGUUAUUCUACUUUGAUUUGGAGACUGUCCCUGAGGAUUUGAGUUCUACAUACAUGGAAACUAAGAAGGGCAAGGAAAAAGUUGUGGAAGGGCUUCCAUCAAGUAAUUUAAAAACCUGUCAAGCUGGAAAUGUUCCUUUGGUUCUAUUCCUGAAGCUUUUGAAUCGACCACUUUUCUUGCGUAGUGUUGUGCAUCUUGAACAGGUCAUGAGGCUCCUUCAAGUAGUUGUUUAUACUGCAUCAUCAAAAUUGGAGCAUCAGUCCCGAUCUGAACAGGGAACAGGAAAUUCCCCUAUGUUGCCUGUUGAUGAAGCUGGUGGUGCGGUUUCAAAGGAUCCUGCUUUGCCGGAAGGAGAAUCAAAGCAAGAAAAUAGUGAUGCUGCUGGGUCAACUUCAGGUGGAAAAAGGAGAAAUGACAUACAUAAUAUCUUUUUGCAACUGCCGCAGUCUGUUUUGUGCAAUUUAUGUGCACUUCUUGGCCGCGAGGGGCUUUCUGAUAAAGUAUACACGCUAGCUGGUGAGGUACUGAAGAAGUUGUCAUCGGUUGCAGCACCCCAUCGAAAAUUCUUCAUGUCGGAGCUCUCAGAACUAGCUAAUGGGUUGAGCAGCUCUGCUAUCAGCGAACUUGUUACCUUGAAGAAUACAAACAUGUUAGGUUUAAGUGCCAGUUCAAUGGCUGGGGCAGCAAUUGUUCGUGUUUUGCAGGCUCUUAGUUCACUUACUUCCCCUUGUGCUAGGGAGACCAAAAGUUCAGAAUGUGAUAGUGAAUUAGAGGAGCAAGCCAUCAUGUGGAGGUUGAAUGUGGCACUAGAGCCAUUGUGGCAAGCAUUAAGUGAUUGUAUAAGUGUGACUGAGACACAACUGUCUCAGAGCUCCUCUUCAACUACCCCAAUUAACGUUGGGGAGCAACUUCAGGGCACUAUCUCUUCCUCUCCUCUACCUCCCGGAGGUCAGAGACUCUUGCCAUUUAUUGAGGCUUUCUUCGUUUUGUCUGAAAAACUUCAAGCAAAUCUGUCCAUUUUGCAACAAGAUCAUGCUAAUAUUACUGCAAGGGAGGUCAAAGAGUCCGCGGGCACUUCAGACACAUUAAGCACAAAGGGUGCUGAUUAUCAGAAAAAGUCUGACGGUGCUGUUACAUUCACAAGGUUUGCUGAAAGGCAUCGCCGUCUUUUGAAUGCUUUUAUCAGACAAAACCCAGGCUUAUUAGAGAAGUCACUUUCAAUAUUGUUGAAGGCUCCUAGGCUGAUUGAUUUCGAUAAUAAGAGAGCCUAUUUUCGUUCAAGAAUUAGGCAACAGAAUGAGCAACAUAUUUCUGGUCCAUUGCGGAUUAGUGUUCGUCGGGCCUAUGUUUUGGAGGAUUCAUACAACCAAUUGCGUAUGCGGCCAACUCAAGAUUUGAGAGGACGAUUGAAUGUGCAGUUUCAAGGUGAAGAGGGUAUUGAUGCUGGUGGCCUGACAAGAGAAUGGUAUCAGUUACUCUCGAGGGUUAUAUUUGACAAGGGAGCCUUGCUAUUCACAACCGUCGGAAAUAAUGCAACUUUCCAGCCAAAUCCAAAUUCUGUCUACCAAACAGAACACCUUUCAUACUUCAAGUUUGUUGGCCGUGUGGUUGCAAAGGCCCUGUUUGAUGGGCAACUUUUGGAUGUUUAUUUCACGAGAUCCUUUUACAAGCACAUUCUUGGAGUUAAGGUGACUUACCAUGAUAUAGAAGCUGUCGAUCCUGAUUAUUAUAAAAACUUGAAGUGGAUGCUGGAGAACGAUGUGAGUGACAUUCCUGAUCUUACAUUUAGCAUGGACGCAGAUGAGGAGAAGCACAUCCUUUAUGAGAAAAAUGAGGUCACGGAUUAUGAGCUUAAGCCUGGAGGAAGAAAUAUAAGAGUUACUGAAGAAACAAAGCAUGAAUAUGUAGACCUUGUCGCAGAUCAUAUUUUAACCAAUGCUAUCCGCCCUCAGAUUAACUCAUUUCUAGAUGGUUUCAACGAGUUGGUGCCUCGAGAACUUAUUUCUAUUUUUAAUGACAAAGAGCUUGAGUUACUCAUCAGCGGACUUCCAGAAAUUGAUUUGGAUGAUUUGAAGGCGAACACAGAGUAUACUGGCUACACAGCUGCAUCAAGUGUUGUGCAGUGGUUUUGGGAGGUGGUUAAAUCUUUUAGUAAGGAAGACAUGGCAAGAUUGCUGCAGUUUGUGACUGGAACAUCAAAGGUUCCACUGGAGGGUUUUAAAGCUUUGCAAGGUAUCUCUGGACCUCAAAGGUUUCAGAUUCAUAAGGCAUAUGGAGCUCCUGAUAGGCUGCCAUCAGCCCAUACAUGCUUUAAUCAACUAGAUCUUCCCGAGUACUCAUCGAAGGAGCAGCUUCAAGAACGCUUGCUGCUUGCCAUUCAUGAAGCCAGUGAAGGAUUCGGCUUUGGCUGAGCCACAUUCCAAUUUGCAUUUCGAGAAAAAUGCAUCUGGAACUUGCCAUGUACAUGUCAGAUGAAGGCGAAUGCUGCAGGUCAAUAGUGAAAUCCAAAAUUAAAGGGCGGGGGCGUUGGGAAACUCACAAGGAGCAGGCCCUGUGGAAUAAAUGAAGCUUGCUUUUUGUUAUGAUGACAGCGAUCUUUUAGCGGAGCAGCAGAUUAACUGUGGUUUUUAUUGAAGGCACCGAAUGUGCUCCUCGGAAUUGACUAAUUGGUUUGAGAAAGCCAUUCUUUUGGUUAGAAUGCUCACCAUUCAAAUGAGUUUCAAUUCGGGUAGAAUACACAAGGUUGAUAAAAGAAAUGAGCCAAAUUCCAUUCUCUUGUCUAUAAUGAGUCCUCCUUCAUUUUCUCCUUUUGCUAGUUCAGUUCAAUCGCUCCUUUUGCAGCCAACAAACUGCAUUUGAGGAGUUUUAAGUCUUUUAUGUUUCUGUAAUUAAUCUUCAGGUUGGUAAUAAAACACUGAAUGUAUAUUUUUUUCUGAAUGGAUUUGUCAUAUUCUAGUUCUAUUAUUCAAUUUUUAUAAGCAAGAGCUUCAAAAAGCUGUUUCUUCA